GAACAAGAUGAAAAUCAAAGCAAACAAACAGAAAAGACAAAAGGUGCACAAAAACGAGGUCAUUUUGUAUUGACCGACUACUAGGCCUGGGCCUGCCCUGGAGUGUGGUUGAUCCACCCAGUGCCACUCCUGAAAACGGAUUUUCCUUUUCCUAGCAGCUGUCAAUUUCAAAUACCUUCUUAGUUAAAGGUGGGACUCUCCCCUUCUCCGCCCUGGGAUUUUGUCUGAUUUGAACCUGUGCAGGUCUUGUGUGUGUUGUCACAGUCUCUGUGAGUUCAUAUGUAUCCUAACCCUGUUGUGUCUGAAAAUGCUGUGUCUUUGGAAUCAUCCACUGCGUACAGAGAGUACCGUCUUUCCACCUCCUUUCCCCAUAGUUCCUGAGCCUUGAGGGCGGGUUCUGAUAAAUACAGUCCAUUUAGGAUCAGGUGCUCUCACUCCCUGCACAUUGUCUCCCAAGGUUAAUUACUGUCUCUUGCAAGACAAGCUUCUCUGCUGAGGGAUGGGUAAUAGAUACACUGAUCUGCAAACUUCAUAAUUUCAUUUUUCUGAGCAGCUGUUUUUAUUUCCAUGGAAUUCAACACUAAAAUGAUCACUUUUUCAAACUUUAGUACUGUAGUGAGCCCACAUGUCUUUAUCAACCAGUGUGGUGUUACCCGCUCAUUCCGGUGGUUGGUCUCUCAUCUCUAGUCCCAGCCAUUGCCUCCGGCUACAGUAUUUUGCUAUGAUUGUCAGAUUCUAUAUUUUUACACAUAACUUUAAACCACAGUCAUGAUAUAGCCAGGCAUAGUAGUGCAUGCCUCUAAUUACAGGUAGUGGCACACUAGGGGAUGGGUAAGAUAGGCUUAGGCCACACUAGGCAACAUAGUGAGAACCUUUUCUCAAAAAAUACACUGUUACUAUGCUUAAAAAUUAAUAAUUGUUUAAUAUCACCAAAUACCAUGCUAUGAUUUCAUACACUGUCUUAUUUUUGAGUUUAUUGGAAUUGAAUUGGUAUCUAGUUAACUUGAAUUGAUAUUUUUUAAUCCAUAGUUUUCUUUCUCCCAUGCCUUUUAUCACUGUGUAAUUUAUAUAUGGGGGAAAUCUGAGUUAGUAAUAAAGUUUGGCUUAAAUUUUGCAGAGUUCUAAAUGAUGUAAAAUUUCUGCUGCAAACUUGUGUGGGGAACAAGGUUUCCGAAGGCCUGCAGUCUCUACUGAGUGCCAGGGUUCAAGACGGGCAAGUUAUGCACUUGCAGAGUAGCCAUUGAGAGUAGCCCAUGCUCUCGAGGAUGAGUUCCAGCCCUGCUAUCCAUGGAGAAAGACCUGGGAGUCGUGAGGUGGGGGCGGCAGGUAGGGUUGAGAGUGAGAGUCUCGUACGCUGUUCUAAGGACCACAGGCCAGGAGAUCUGCUCUGCGAACCACCUGUUAAUCUCUCCAUCCGUGAUGACUCUCAGCCCUCAGGGGAACCACAAUGUCAGGGUGUGUUAAUAGAAGAAGUGACAAGGUACCCAUCAUUGUCGAAGUCAUUGGUCCCUUCUUCAGAUGAACUGCGUCUACGUCAUCCUGAACUGAAUAAAUUCCUCAUGAAUGGCACCCAGAGGCAUCCCAGCACCUCCCCCCUCAGCCUGGCUUACACAGGAUCUGCACCCAGGAGCCCGAGCUGCAACCACUGCUGGGACAGGAGGCCUAGGAGUGCCUUCCCAAGUGCGCACCGCUUCCAGCUGGUCAUCUCCAAGUCCCCCAGUGGAGAUCUUUUGGAAAAGCACUCUGACUUCUUCUCUAACAAGCAGCUGCCGUUCACCCCACGCACUUUAAAAACAGAAGCGAAGUCCUUCCUGUCACAGUACCGCUACUACACACCUGCCAGAAGAAGGAAGGGUUUUCCAGUCGGGCGGGCGGAAGCUGAAACCCAGACUGAACUAAGCAGCUUUAAUUCUGAGUUUGGGACAGCCGAGACAAAGAACUCAGAGGACUCAGAAGUGAACAUAAAGCAGGCACUUAGUUCCAUGGCAAAUGGUGCUGAGGACAAAAACUGUCCUUUAUCUUCACAAGGACCAAACUUAGGAUGGGACAGGAUUAAAGAUGGCACUCUGCAGCAUUCCUCCCAAAAGACGCUCUGUGAGCUCUCUACACAGCUUUCUUCAGACAGCAAAAUCUACCCUGAUGAAGAGGAGCUGCUCUACCUGGACUUCAUGGAAAAUGUGACAGAUGAAAUUUUGAAACUUGGUUUAUUUUCCAACAGGUGUUUAGAACGACUGUUUGAACGACAUAUAAAACAGAAUAAACAUCAUUUGGAGGAGGGGAAAAUGCGCUACCUGCUACAUGGCCUGAAGAUUGAUUUAGGCUGCAUAUCUGAGGAAGAGCCAGCAAAGCAGAGCGAUUUCAGAAUGUUGAAUCAACUUGAUUUUCAAAAGGCUCUGAUUUCAAAACCAGAUGAAGGUACAAGUAAUGAUGGUACGGUAAUUGAGCAAGAGCGUCAGCAGUUCCAGGAGGCUCUGGGCAUGCUGUCGUCUGUGCCGCAGGAUGAAAACAAGAUGUUCUCUUUACCGGGUGAAUUCCUAAUACCUGGCUGUAAAUUCAAGGAUUCCGAAAAUGUUAUAGUUCAACAGGUCAACGAUGAGACAGCUCUUAAGGCCUCAGCCUUAGAUGAAAACAAUCCAAGUAUUUCUGACAGGUUACUAGACCAGGAAACCUCUGUGGAUGUCAUUGAAGGUGACAGUGACUCUGAAAGUGUUGAGACUUCCAGGGAAUUAUGUUGUCUUAGCACAGUACUGUCCCCAUCUGUUCAGUUCCCCAGCAUCAAAGACGGCAGUGAUCAUGACAAGCAAUUACCAACUCUAAAAAUCAUGGAAAUGGGCAUUGAAGACUAACCUUUGGAUCUUCACUAAUAAAUACUCCAUGUGACCAGUAACUCAAUAUAACUUUUCUUGUUUUCCUUUUUUACAUAUUAAGAUUUCUGUAUUUUCAAUGCUGUAUAAUAAAUUACCAUAAAUUUAGCAUCUUGAAACACCAUAUACUUAUUAUUAAUCCUAUUGUCUGUGGUUCAAGAAUUGAAACACAGGAGUGAUGUGUGCUCUACUUCGGGGCUCUACAAUCUAGGGUUGUGAUCUCAUUGGGAGACUUACCCGAGGGACUCUGCUUCCAUGCUCAAUUGGCAGAAUUCUUUUCCUUGCACCAUAGAUCUGAGGCUUCAUUUGGUUUUGGCUGGUUGGUGGGCAGAUGACUGCUCGCCAUCCCUGCCACGUGCACGCUCCUUAAGCAGGCCACAGCCUGGCUGCUUGUCUGUGAAGGUGGAAGAGACUGCUAGCAAGAUGGGUCAUUCGCCAGCACUUCUUUUUUUAGCUCUUGAUUAGAAGCAAGCAAGACAUGGGUCUCUUGCAUACUUAAGGGUUAAGGGGACGGCAUACAAGGGUGCAGAUGCCGGAGGUGGGAACCACUGGGUUACCUGGGGCUCUUUGACCACCACUUCUAAAGUUGCUUUUUAGAGGAACAUGUUUGACCCAACAUAGUGGCCUCAUGAUCAUUGGGAAAUAGUUUAUAAUCUGGGAUGGUCUUAAAGCAUUGCAUCUUAUAAUGUACGGAGGCUGGAGGAUUGAGAGUAUCUGCCCUUUGGCAUGCCAGGCCAUUUUUAUGCUUUAACUCUGAAUCCAGUUUUUUUUGUCUUUGGAGCCUUUACCCAUUCUAAUGUUUAUACCUUUUAGGACAUCUUAAUAUUCUUUAGUUUCUCUUUAAAUUUUGUUUUAAAAGAUGAGUUAAUAUAACAAGGGGUGGUCUACACUUAUCUGUGGAUGUAAGGAUGAGCAUGGAGAAUGCAUUAAAGAUACUGGUGUGGGAGUUCGAAUGUAAGUUCUUAGGGGGUGACACUAUUAGGAGGUUUGCCUUUAUUGGAGUAGGUAUGGCCUUGUUGGAAGAGCUAAGUAUCUGUAGGGGUGGGCUCAAGAUACCCAGUGUUCCAGACCACUUCCUGUUGCCUGCAAGAUGUAGAACUCUCUGUUACUUCUCCAGCACCAUGUCUGCCCUCAUGCUGCCAUGUCCCACCGUGAUAAUGGACUGAACCUUGAACUGUCAGUGAGCCACCCCGAUUAAACUUUUUUUCUAAGAUUUGCCAUGGUCAUGGUGUCUCUUCACAGCAAUAGAAACCCUCACUAAGACAACUGGCUUAAGGAAGUGGCAGUAGUAGGUCUUCCUCUAGGUUCUAUGGCCAUGGGUAGUAGGCUAGAAUUACAUUACCAGGCGCGACUUACCUCCUAUUGAGUGGGCCUUAAGUUCAAUUACACGGCUUGGUUACCUCCAAGAUGUAAGUGCUGAACCACAGGUUCCUUUGCACUGCCUCCCCCAACCCACCCCACUUCAUGUCAACUUCCCAUAUCCAUGAGGUAUUGCUAUUAACAUGAGAUUUGGGGAAUAAUCACUAAAGGCUGUAGUUGAAUAGUAAUGUGUUUGUGUGUCCCGUUGACAAGAGAUCAAUUGCUCUGGCCAGUUUUGUCAGCUUGACACAAACUAGUCAUUUGGGAAGAAAGACCCUCAAGAGAAAAUGCCACCACAAGAUUGUGGGCAAACCUGUGGGGCUAAUGAUUGACAUUAAUGUGACUGUCCCACUGCGGGCCAUGCCACAACUGGGCAAAGUAGCGCCGAGUUGUAUAAGAAGCAGGCUGACCAAGC